AUGGACUGCAAAAACAAAAAAUACAAGCCUAAAAAACCACCGUCGUCCACCGAUAUUGGGGAGUUACUUCGGAGGCUGCAAUAUCAACUGAGACCUGUCAUGGCUUCCCUGGGCGACUUGGGGACUAUAUGUAUACAGGUGGUGAAAGAACCUGCACCCUCGACACCCACAAUCGUCACAGGCAUGCUGGUGACGGAAGGCAUGCUGAGAGGCCUCUUAGACGAACUCCGACGCUACAUUGCGGCCGACAUAGGCCAGUUCCGUGAGGACAUCGGAGGGAUGUCCGCUCGUACUACCCUGGAGUAA